GUCCAUGCGGGACUGACGAGGAGUACAGUCGUGAGCCUGGUAGCCGCCGCGGUGUUGGGGAGGUGGGCGGCGGCGGGGUCCCUGAGGUUAGAGUUAUUUGUGAAUUGGUAAAUAGCCACUAUGGAGACUAAGGACCAGAAGAAGCACAGAAAGAAAAACAGUGGGCCUAAAGCUGAGAAGAAAAAAAAACGGCAUCUGCAGAAUCUCCAACUUGGAGACGAAGAAGAUGCCCGGAAGAGAAAUCCCAAAGCUUUUGCAGUUCAGUCUGCUGUGCGAAUGGCCCGAUCCUUUCACAGGACUCAGGAUUUGAAAACAAAAAAGCAUCACAUACCAGUGGUUGACCGAACUCCACUAGAGCCCCCACCAAUAGUGGUAGUUGUAAUGGGGCCUCCAAAAGUUGGAAAGAGCACUUUGAUACAGUGCCUCAUUCGGAACUUCACCAGGCAGAAAUUGACCGAGAUCAGAGGUCCCGUGACGAUUGUGUCAGGUAAAAAGCGCAGACUCACCAUUAUUGAAUGUGGGUGUGACAUUAACACGAUGAUUGAUCUGGCUAAAGUAGCUGAUCUGGUGCUGAUGCUUAUAGAUGCUGGCUUUGGGUUUGAAAUGGAAACAUUUGAAUUUCUAAACAUCUGUCAAGUACAUGGCUUUCCUAAAAUUAUGGGAGUUCUCACCCACCUAGAUUCCUUCAAGCAUAAUAAGCAACUGAAGAAGACAAAGAAGCGAUUAAAACACAGGUUCUGGACAGAAGUCUACCCGGGUGCCAAGCUGUUCUACCUUUCUGGGAUGGUGCAUGGAGAAUAUCAAAACCAAGAGAUUCACAAUCUGGGCCGUUUUAUUACAGUUAUGAAGUUUAGGCCUCUCACAUGGCAAACUUCUCAUCCCUAUAUCCUGGCAGACAGGAUGGAAGAUUUGACAAACCCAGAGGAUAUCCGAGCAAACAUCAAGUGUGACCGAAAGGUGUCUCUGUACGGUUAUUUAAGAGGAGCUCACUUGAAAAAUAAAAGCCAAAUUCAUAUACCAGGUGUGGGAGAUUUUGCUGUGAGCGAUGUCAGCUUCCUCCCAGACCCCUGUGCUCUUCCUGAACAGCAGAAGAAGCGUGGUUUAAACGAGAAGGAGAAGCUGGUUUAUGCACCUCUCUCUGGAGUUGGGGGUGUUCUGUAUGACAAAGAUGCUGUCUAUGUCGACCUUGGUGGCAGCCACGGUUUUCAGGCGUUGGACAAAGUGGGGCCCACCCACGAACUGGUCCAGAGCCUCAUCUCCACCCACUCCACUAUUGAUGCCAAGAUGGCUUCAAGUAGAGUGACACUGUUUUCUGAUUCCAAACCACUGGGGUCAGAGGAUAUAGAUAACCAAGGGCUGUGGAUGCCAAAGGAGGAAAAGCAAGUGGAUAUGAAAACUGGUCGAGUGCGUCGGAAAGCCAUUUUUGGAGAUGAAGAUGAGUCUGGAGAUAGUGAUGAUGAAGAUGACGAUGAAGAUGAUGAAAUGUCUGAAGGUGAUAGGUCAGAAAAUGGCUCUAGUGGUGAUGAGACAGAAGAGGAGGAAGAUGCUGAAAUGACUGAUAAAGAGUACAUGACUGUUGAGGGCGUCAAACGGCGGAAACUGGAGGAGCUGGAAGAAGACAGUGAGGUGGACUUGCCAGCAUUUGCUGACAGCGAUGAUGACCUUGAGAGGAGUUCAGGGGAAGAAGGUGAGGCAGAGGAAGCCAGUGAGAGCAGUGAGGGAGAGGGCUCCACUGCAGGAGGAGAGAGGGCCGUCUUAGAGUCAAAGGCUGCUGGAGAAGGUGGUGAAGCAGGACUGUCAUCAGCUAAUCAUCGGAUUGAUCAUAUGAAUCUGGAAAAGUCUUUGCUGAUGAAAAAAGCAACACUCACCACUUCCGAUUCUGGUCACUGCACACCUGAAGAGGCGUUUGCAUCUGAAGAUGAACCUGAAGAAAGCUCCUCGCCCAGUUCAGAGGAAGAGGACUCAGAAAAUGAAGAGGUUACCUGGAAAAGUCUUCCAAAGCCUUCUCAAGUAGGCAGUAGUCAGAAACUGGACUUAGAGAACUUAAUUGAUAAGACUAGUGACAUAGAAGAUUUACUCAAAGAAGAAGAUUACAAGGAAGAAAACUAUUCUACAGAAACUUCAGGUGCCCUCAAGUGGAAGGAAGACCUUUCCAGGAAGGCAGCUGAGGCCUUUCUGAGGCAGCAACAAGUAACUCCAAACCUUCGAAAGCUUAUUUAUGGGACAGUGACAGAAGAUAAUGAAGAAGAAGAUGGUGAUAACCGAGAAGAGCUUGGAGGAUUGUUCCGUGUCAGCCAGCCUGACAGAGAGUGUAAGCACAAGGCUGACUCUCUGGACUGCUCCAGAUUUCUUGUGGAGGCACCCCGUGAUUGGGAUUUAGAGGAGGUUAUGAACAGCAUCAGAGACUGCUUCGUGACUGGAACAUGGGAAGAGGAUAAAGAUGCAGCCAAGGUCUUAGCGGAGGAUGAGGAGCUCUACGGUGACUUUGAAGACCUAGAAACGGGGAACGUGCACAAGGGAAAAUCAGUCUCAGAUACUCAGAUUGAAGAUGUAGAAGAAGAAGUUAAAGAAGAAAUUGACCCCCAUGAAGAGGAAAGUGCCAAGCAAAAGCAUUUGGAUAAGAAGAGAAAAUUGAAAGAGAUGUUUGAUGCAGAAUAUGAUGAAGGAGAAAGCACAUAUUUCGAUGAUCUUAAAGGAGAAAUGCAGAAACAAGCACAGCUUAACAGGGCAGAAUUUGAAGAUCAAGAUGAUGAAGCCAGAGUGCAGUAUGAGGGUUUUCGACCUGGGAUGUACGUCCGAAUUGAGAUUGAAAACGUCCCGUGUGAAUUAGUGCUGAACUUUGACCCCCAGUACCCAAUUAUUCUGGGUGGUCUGGGCAAUAGUGAGGGCAACGUUGGGUAUGUGCAGAUGCGUCUGAAGAAACAUCGUUGGUAUAAGAAAAUCCUCAAGUCCCGAGAUCCAAUCAUCUUUUCUGUGGGGUGGAGGCGGUUUCAGACCAUCCCACUCUAUUAUAUCGAAGACCACAAUGGCAGGCAGAGACUCCUAAAAUACACUCCACAGCACAUGCAUUGUGGAGCAACCUUUUGGGGUCCUAUCACUCCACAGGGAACUGGGUUCUUGGCAAUACAGUCUGUUAGUGGCAUAAUGCCUGAUUUCCGGAUAGCUGCCACAGGAGUUGUUCUUGAUCUGGAUAAGUCCAUAAAAAUUGUGAAGAAAUUAAAGCUAACUGGUUUUCCAUACAAAAUUUUCAAGAACACUUCAUUUAUUAAGGGAAUGUUUAAUUCGGCCUUGGAAGUGGCCAAAUUUGAAGGUGCUGUGAUUCGAACUGUCAGUGGAAUAAGGGGACAAAUUAAAAAAGCACUUCGGGCUCCAGAAGGAGCUUUCCGGGCCAGCUUUGAGGAUAAAUUGCUGAUGAGUGAUAUCAUCUUCAUGCGGACUUGGUAUCCUGUCUCCAUACCAGCCUUCUAUAACCCAGUAACAUCUUUGUUGAAACCAGUGGGUGAGAAAGACACCUGGUCAGGAAUGCGGACAACAGGUCAACUCAGGCUUGCCCACGGUAUCAGACUAAAGCCGAACAAGGAUUCUCUGUAUAAGCCGAUCCUGCGGCAAAAGAAACAUUUUAAUUCACUCCACAUUCCAAAAGCCUUGCAGAAGUCCCUGCCAUUUAAGAACAAGCCCAAGACCCAAGCAAAGGCAGGCAAGGUGCCAAAGGACAGGCUGAGACCGGCCGUUAUACGUGAGCCUCAUGAAAGGAAGAUCCUUGCGCUGCUGGAUGCUCUGAGUACAGUGCACAGUGAGAAGAUGAAGAAGGCCAAGAAGCAGCGGCAUCUGCACAAUAAAGAGCACCUCAAAGUGAAGCAGAAGGAGGAGGAGGAGAGGCUGAAGCGACAGAAGGACCUCAGGAAGAAGCUCUUCCGAAUUCAGGGUCAGAAGGAAAGAAGAAAUCAAAAGUCCAGUCUGAAGGGAGCUGAGGAGCAACUGAAGUGAGCCUUUAGAAUGGAGGGACUGUCCUUUGGAUCUGCAGAGAUGAAUGGUUUCAAAUAUCCUAGUACUUGUAAGUAACAAGUCAGGGGACGAGAGCCCAAGAGGGACCUCUUCAUUGAAUACGUCACCCGUACAAUGCCUUCAAGAGGAGAAAUGGGGAAGAUUGUGCUGCUAAGACACAUGUUCAUUCUCAGCAUCCUCGUAGUGUAGAGAUUCAAAGCAGUGGAAUUUAUGGUUAUGUGGAUUCUCUCAUUUUCCUCUACCUGUCUCAGUUUAAUUAUUUUGUGCUACAAAAAUAUCAUUAAAAUAUUUUCCUGUUAA